AUGAAAUUCAUAUCAGCUACUCUGGUUGGUGCACUCCUCCCUCUUGCUCAUGCCGUUGGAAACGCAAUAGUCUUCAACAACUGCACAAACACCAUAUAUGUCUGGUCAGUGGGAUCCUCGAUCGGCAACUACCAAGCAUUAGCGAACGGCGAAAGUUACACCGAACAAUAUCGACACGAUGACCAGACCGGCGGUAUCACACUCAAAGUGACUGCAGUUGCAGAUGGAAUAUACAACAGUGCUCCGGAGCUAGAUUACGGCUAUACCUUGGACAACCAGACAAUCUGGUACGAUAUUUCAGAUGUUAAUGGUGAUCCCUUUGCCAAUUCGACCGUUGCUCUCGUGCCGGCGAAUGGUGCUUGCCAGAGUUUCCAUUGGGCAGACGGGAUAUCACCACCGGGGAUACAUACCGCUUCUUGCAGUGCUGAAGUGGACUGGAGGAAUGGCUGUUACAAAUGA